AGCUGCUGGUGUUGUGUCACGUGAGGUGCCACUUCUGAAAACAUGGCCACAGCUAGCACACAGUGAAACUGUCUUUUCUCCGCUGUGCGACUCUCGUCUCCCCGCUGACACGCGCUGCGACACCCAGCACAUGACGUGGAUGUCCACUUGCUGUCAACAUGCUCAUCACCUCUGACGGACCGAACAUGCCAGCAGAAGCAAGUCGCUGUGCAGUUAGCGCCCUGCUAACCAGCUAGCCUGCUCCUGCAGGAGCUAACAGAUUCAUCUCAUCCAUGGACCUAUGAAAGCAGGAGGGACCAGAGUGAGGUGUGUGACUUUGACAAAGCAAGAACCACAAUGGAUUGGCUUGUGCAAGCAGUCGAGAAAGACCUGGGGAUUGACCACUGCCAGCAAGGCUUAGGUCCCCGUCCCCAGGAGCUCGUCGCACUUGUUCCCACACGGUGGGUGAUGGGCCUCCGAGAGAAGAGGGUCGCACGCUGUACCCGAUUUGACAGCCUCAGUGAUGUGGAAAUUCAAACAUAUCUACAGUGUUCACAAGCAAAGUUGCCUCCCGGCUGGACAAGAGUUUGCAUACAGGGACUAAGAAAAAGCCGGCUGAGUUACCGACUAGCCAGAGACUCGUGCCAUCAACUGGAAUCAGGAAAGGAAUCGUAUGUCAAAACCAUGCAGGGUGUUUCGCAGCACAUCGUCAGGAAUCUGUGGCGAGAAGCACAUCACAAGUUUGUGGAGCCAUAUGCUGGAGCCUGCGAACAGAUGCACGUUGCAGGUGUGGAUGCCGUGCGCCAUGCUCUCCAAAAGCUCUUCAAUUCCACGUUCAUCUCAUCUGACAAAGUGUCGCCGUCACUCUCUCCAGCAAGAGAGAAAGAGAAAGAAAACCUAGUCCCAUCUACUUCUCAGAGCUCCUCCAAGCUCCGUUCAGAUCCAACAUGUCCGAAUGUUUUAACUGCUGAAUGUCUGCUGGAAAGCACGGACAUGCUCUAUGUGAUUCUACCGUUUUCCCAGUAUUCACUUCAUGAUAUUGUCUCCUUUAGUCCAGCCAAGCUUGCAAACAGUCAUGCCAAAGUGUUGUUCAUCAUCUACCAGUUGCUGAUUGCCAUACAGGCAUGUCAUCAAGCCGGACUGUCCUGUGGUGAGCUGUCCUUACUGGACAUUGCAGUGGAUGAGCAGCUGUGCAGUCGCCUCAAAGUAAAUGUUUCCCACUACGAGGACCUGGGAUGCCAGGAGGAGCCCAACAGUAUUGUCACAGGAACACAAACAACAAAAGCUCUCACGCAAAGAUCAAGUGGAUGUGUGAGUCAAGAGAACAAAUCCCUCUGUAAAGACUGCUUUGAUGAGCUUAAGAAGUUGGUUCUGGACUGGGUUCAUGGACGAGUAAGUAACUUCCGUUACUUAAUGGAACUCAACAGGCUAGCUGGACGACGCGAGGGAGAUCCCAAUUACCAUCCGGUUCUGCCGUGGGUGGUCGAUUUCACUGUGCCAUUUGGAAAAUUCAGGGACCUUCGGAGAUCAAAGUUCAGGCUCAACAAGGGGGACAAGCAGCUGGACUUCACGUAUGAGAUGACCAAAGAGGCUUUGGCAGCUGCUACGGGGAAUGGACUGGGAGCAGGUGGUGUGGCUGGAGACCUGAGUGGCUCUGGAGGUGCCGGUGGCUCAGGACAGUCUGACCAUCUCCAUGUACCUCAUCACAUAUCUGAUGUGCUCUCAGACAUAACGUACUACGUCUACAAAGCUCGGCAAACUCCAAAGUCGGUGUUGUGUAGACACGUCAGAUCCCAGUGGGAGCCCAAUGAAUACCCCGCCAGUAUGGAGCGCAUGCAGAGCUGGACUCCCGAUGAGUGCAUUCCGGAGUUUUACACCGAUCCUUUAAUUUUCCGCUCGAUACAUCCGGACAUGCCAGAUCUGGACGUGCCUUCCUGGUGCAGGUCUUGUGAAGACUUUAUCAACAUUCAUCGGAAUCUGUUGGAGAGCAGAGAAGUGUCGCAGAAUUUGCAUCACUGGAUUGAUCUCACGUUUGGUUACAAGCUCUCUGGUAAAGAGGCUGUCAAAGCCAAAAACGUUUGUCUACACCUUGUGGACAAUCACACCAACCUGGCUACCUACGGUGUCGUCCAGUUGUUCGACCAGCCCCAUCCUCCACGCCUGUCUCCCUCACAGUAUGCCCCAGCUGAGCCUCCUCAUCUUGGCCUCGCUGCUUUGAAUGUGCCUUCCUUGUUUAUCCCACAUAUCGACCCAACGGCUGAUUCAGUUAAUGGACUGGUGCCCGAGUCGACAGGGUGUGAAUCCACCGUGGUGGACCGAGAUGAAGAGCUCGAACAAGGCACAGAGGCACUUGACUCAUUGGCCUCAGCUGUCGCAUCAAGUUCCAACUCUGUACCACUGCCAAGCAUCAGCACAUUUGGAGGCAAGGUGGCGGGAGACCCUACAGCUCAUGUGUCCCAGUCACCGACUACUUAUCCUGGAGAUUUAUCAAGUUCAAGCCCAAAUUUCAGAAACAUGAUGCUACAAAAAGGCGGCCAUGGGAACAAAAAGCAGGGUGAUGCUGGCCCUUCUAACGCAGAGGAUCUCAAGAUCACUCUUCCUGAUGGUUUCAAUCCACUCCAACCUCUUGAAGAACUGGAACGGCUGAACAAUUUUCUGGUCAAAAGUCUCCAUGCCGAUGUCCAACACCCAGUGUGUAGCAGUGAAUGCAUGAGAGAAAAUGGUUCCAUUGCCUCAAUGACUGAGCUCUAUCAAAGAGAUAUGCAGGCUCUUGGUAUUGUCAUCGCAGAGUUAUUCUUCAGCUCCAAAGUGAGAGGGUUGAAACCACGCGCCUCCCUCAGGCAUCGCUUCCAGGCCGUGAUGAAGCAGUGCUCCGCUAACAUCCGUGAAAUCCCUCUCUCAUUGCAUCAUGCCCUUGAGAAGCUGCUGCUGAUAGAGAGGCACUCGGGAAUUGCUCAUCAGGAACUAACACAUUAUCCCUGCCCUCUUCUCUUCAAGUACGACCCUGUUUCCGAUGGUCUCCCUCCACCAGAUCCUGGCCAGUUGUUGAAUGCUUUUGUGUCUCCCUUUCCAUUCCCCUCUUAUUUUGCUCCUCUUCACCGAUUUAUCUUCUCCUACCAUGCUAAUAUGGAGUCAGUGUCAAACCAGCAAGGGAGGGAUGUGAUCUUUCCCCUUUGGCAGCAGCUGGAGACUCUUUUGAGAGGCAACAUCACAGCAGAGGGUCUUGAGAUACUCUUGCCAUUCAUUCUGGCCCUAAUGCUGGAGGAAUCUACCGCUGUCUAUGCAGCCUGGUACCUUUUUGAGCCCAUCGCUAGAGUGUUGGGACCCAGAAAUGCAAACAAGUAUCUGUUGAAGCCUUUGAUCAACGUAUAUGAAAACCCUCAUUGUCUGAGAGGCCGAUUCUAUCUCUACACCGACUGUUUCAUUUUGCAGCUCAUUGUGAGGCUUGGUCUCCAGGCCUUCCUGUUGGGUCUGCUCCCUCAUGUGCUGCAGGUCCUUACUGGUUUUGAGAGCUCUACGUCUGUUUCUGGGGGGGACACCAAAGCACUCAGAGGCGGCACAUGUACACUCGUCGAGGAGGAGGAAGAUGAAUACCAAGUUGGAGAUCUUCGAACAAAAUCGAGGUCUGCUAGUGGGAAUAUUGGCGGCGGCAGUGGAGCUACCGGUGGUGUUGGGGUAGUGGGAGAACCUGGUUUGGCCGAUUACGCCUCAGGAAUCAGUCUGAGUGACCAGGUGUUCCUCUCCGAGACAGAGGACUUUCAGAAUGGAUUCUACGUCAACAGUGCUGGGAAGCCGCCGGGUCAGAAUUCUUCAUCGAAAGAUCAAGACCAAGAGUCGUUGAGUGUGGGGAAGCUAAGCGACAAAAGCAGCACAAGCGAACUUUCCCUGGGAGACGGAGACUCCAUGCGUGACAGGACCAGUCUGAAGUCGGCAGACAGCAGUCAAGAUCUGAAACAGGCCUGCGAGGGUGAGGAGGGAGGAGAGAUGGAGGACGAAGAGGUGAGGGAUGCAAACGAAGGGAAAGAAGUGACGGACCAGUCUGAGUCCAACCUGGAGCUCACGUAUUCCGGCUGCACAGAGGAAUCUGUAGCCACCAUUACCGCACUGGACAGUGACUUUGUGAAUGGAAUGGUGUUAACGGAGGGAGACAAAGGCAUUGUCGGCGAACAGGAGGAGGAGGAGGAUGUUGACCCUGAUCUAUUUGAGGAUUCAGAAGAAAAGGAGCACAAAAUUCUACUUGAUACAGUCUGCAAAACUGUCCGGUGGCUAUCGGCAAAACUAGGACCAACUGUGACGUCUCGAUGUGUUGCCAGGAACUUGCUGCGACUCCUAACCAACUGUUACAUCGGCCCCCAAAAACACCAGUUUCUGUCGGGCACAUCCAAAGAAAGCUCUCAGGAGAGCGUGGCGAUGGGCAGCGUCUAUGAAAAGAGGCCAGUGGUGGGUGACCAGACGGCAGGUCCGGUUCUCGAUUGCCUCAUCUACAUAGCACAACUUUAUGGAGAACCCGUGCUCACGUACCAGUACCUGCCUUACAUUGGAUAUCUGGUCUCUCCACCUUCUUCAAAGCGUCUCAACACUCGUAAAGAAGCCAGUCUGCUGGGAGCCGUCGCACUCACUCAGAAGAUCAUCGUCUUUCUCUCUGAUACCACUUUAAUGGACAUGCUCAUGAAAAUCAAUCAGGAAGUCCUGCUUCCGCUCCUGGACCUGCUCACCACGCCGCACAUGGGGUUCCCCAGCGGUGUCCAGGCUCGCACUGCAGUCUGUCUUAAGACGCUCAGCUUGAUGGCUCUCAUCUGUCUGCGCAUCGGCAGAGAGAUGGUGCAGCAGCACAUGGCCGACACUCUUGAGCGGUUCUUUGCCGUUUUCUCUUUGCUGCAUUGUCUACAGCCUCAGAUUGAAAGUGCCCCUCGCAGAGUUGUUGGAGAGGUGACGGUGGUGGAUGUCUGCUCACCUGGGAAUUCCAAUGUGACCUAUGAGCUGGCUGUACUGGAAGAGCUGCAGACGGUCUUUAACCCCGAGAUGGCUCACGCGUCUUACAUCCCCUUUUACUGCCUCAUAGGUGGCACUGCAAUUCGGAAACUGGUUCCUAACUAUGAGCUUGUCUGGCAGUUGGCACAUUCCUACCACCAGAGUGUGAGCCAGGAAGUCCCCGAAGCUAAUGUGUUAGCAUCGAAGGGCGAUUUUGGGUCCACUUCCUUCGGUCUGACUCACGGUACUGAAAGAGGUCCCAACCCUUUUCCGGCACCCACUCCAGUCGGUGACCCCCACCAAGAAUCGGGUACUUUUGGAAGCCAUCUUGUGGGAAACCGAAUCCAAGUGUCUCGGGAGGCAGAUUACAGCAGCAGUCCCAACCUGUCCAGCUCAUGGGGUCGGUCCAACCACGCCGCCCCCAUCAUGACGACCGCGACCACCUUCACCACCCCGUCUGCCGGCUCGACUGCCCUCAGCUCGGCCUGGGUGAUGGGCUCCACCACGGAGGAUAGCGCUCUGAAACAGGAGCUCCCUCGCAGUGGCAGGUCUCUGCAGGGCAACUGGUUAGCGUACUGGCAAUACGAGAUCGGGCUCAACCAGCAGGAUCCUCAUUUCCACUUCCACCAGAUCCGCCUACAGACCUUUCUGGGCCAUACCAGCACAACCAAGUGUCUAGCCCCUCUGUCAGGGGAGGAUUACUUCCUGUCAGGCGGCAAAGACAAGACUGUCAAGCUGUGGCCGCUUUACAACCACGGUGACGGGACACAAGAGGUGGAGCCAAGGCUGACCUACACUGACCACCGAAAGUCUGUCUUCUACGUCGGGCAGUUGGAGACGUCACAGGAGGUUGUCAGCUGUGAUGGCACCGUACACCUGUGGGAUCAAUACACCGGAAAGCAGAUUCGCUCGUACGAAGCAGUCGACGGGAAGAAUCCGAUCACAGCCGUCACCACCAUGCCAGCCCCGCACUGCAGCGUCGUGUUCGGAAGUGCAGAUUCUAUUCUCCGCUUCAUUGAUCCCCGCAAGCCCCGACUGCAGCACGAGUUCCGUCUGGCGUACAACAACAUGAGCGCCGGGCUCAUCCGCUACCUGGCUGUGAGCCCCACAGGGCGCACCAUUGCUGCAGGGUUCUCUUCUGGAUUCAUCGUUCUUCUGGAUGCACGGACUGGCCUGGUUCUGAAGGGCUGGCCCGCUCACGAAGGAGACAUCCUCCAAAUGAAGGCUGCAGAAGGAAACCUGGUCAUCAGCUCCUCCACCGACUACUCCCUCACGGUGUGGAAGGAUCUGGAGCACAAGCCUCUGCGUCAGUACAAGUCACAGUCCGACCCAGUCCACGCCUUCGACCUCUAUGGCUCGGAGAUCGUCACUGGAACCGUCGCAAAUAAGAUCGGGGUGUACUCCAUGGCCGACAUUUCCCUGAGCCCCGUGAGCAGUACGAAGCUGAGCUCCGAGAACUUCCGCGGCACAAUGACCAGCUUGGCGGUUCUACCCACCAAGAGACUUCUACUGCUGGGCUCCGAGAACGGAGCCAUACGUCUACUGGCCUAAACCCGCCCGGUCCCCAUCACGCCAUUAACACGCUUAUGAAUUUCGAAUAAAGACGCUCCUGUGUGUCAGAUUUAUUUAUAGGAAGCUUUUAAACAAGACAGCACAAGUAUAAGACUCGUGUAUUUAACUGCUGGUCGUCGACCAGGAAUAACUGCCACUUAUUUAACGCUUGUUUAAAUCUCCUGCAUUUUUAAAAACAGUUUUGUCUAUUCAUGUAGAGUUUCUGAUCAAAACGCUCAGGAAGACAGAGGCAGACAUGACUCCUUUUCUAGUGUUUCUAAAUAACCAAAAACACCUUGAUGUCGUCUUCACUUUCCUCCCGUCUGUAGACUUCACCUGAUGCACUGAGGAACUAUGCAGUAUAUGUCACAUCAGAUAUUUUUGUGUGUGUGUGCGCGUGCGCGAGGGUCAUGAACAAUAAAGGUUUUUCCAGUUUUCUCCAUAAUGGCUUAAUUUUCCUGCACAAGUAUGGCCUUAACUGAAAACUCAUUUUCUUGGACCUUGUGAACAUUUUAAUACAUGGAUUGCUUUUACUCAAAGUUGAAUCCAGAGUGUAUCUAUAUAUAUAUAUAUUGUCAACAUCAUGGCAGUGUUGGUUCAUUGUGCGACGAAGAUGUGU